UUUCAUCAUUAUCACACAGUGUUUCAUUUCACCAUUAGCAUCCUCUGUUUCUGAGCUUCUGUGUUAUUCCUUCUUCUUGUAUAUUUAUAUAGAACCUACAAUUAAGCUCAUAUCUUGAUAUAUAUAUACAUACACACAUAUAUAUAUAUAUAUAUAUAUAAAACAAGCUGAUCUUGGUUCUUCUGGGCUAUCCUUUUUCUUUAUUUGAUCAAAUUCAGGAAAAUAAAGAUUUAGAACAAGAACAAGAAACAUUGACUCAAGAAGCUUCCUUUAUCUGUUGUUGGUUCGGUGAUGAUGGGUAGAUUACAAGAGAGACUUUAUGCGUUUAUUAAUAAUAGAUGGCUGGUUUUUGUAGCUGCAAUGUGGAUACAGUCUUGUGCAGGAGUUGGGUAUUUAUUUGGUAGUAUAUCACCUGUUAUAAAGAGUUCUUUGAAUUAUAAUCAAAGGCAGCUUGCUAGUUUGGGUGUGGCUAAGGAUCUUGGUGAUAGUGUUGGGUUCUUAGCUGGCAGUUUAUCUGAAAUCUUGCCUUUAUGGGGUGCUUUAUUGGUUGGUGCUUUGCAGAAUCUUGUUGGGUAUGGCUGGGUUUGGCUUGUUGUUACUGGCAAAGCUCCAGUUUUGCCUUUGUGGGUUAUGUGCAUUCUUAUAUUCGUGGGGAACAAUGGUGAAACUUACUUCAAUACAGCUGCUCUGGUUUCUUGUGUGCAAAACUUUCCUAAAAGCCGGGGUCCUGUAGUUGGAAUACUCAAAGGCUUUGCUGGCUUAAGUGGUGCAAUUUUGACCCAAAUAUAUACAAUGAUCCAUUCCCCCAAUCACGCAUCUCUCAUAUUUAUGGUUGCAGUAGGGCCAGCAAUGGUAGUUGUCACUCUAAUGUUCAUUAUAAGACCUGUGGGAGGUCACAGACAAGUUAGACCAUCUGAUGGCACCAGCUUUACAUUUGUAUACAGUGUAUGCCUUCUAUUGGCUGCCUAUCUAAUGGGGGUUAUGCUGCUUGAAGACCUUGUUGAUCUGAGCCACACUUUAAUUAUUGUUUUUACAGUGGUUUUAUUUGUUCUCCUUUUGCUCCCUAUUGUGAUUCCUAUUUGGUUGAGCUUUUUCCAUGAACCUAGAGAUCCGGCAGAAGAAACUCUUCUACCUGAGUCAGAGAAACAAGAGGCUGGAAAAUCUGAACAAGAUGGUCAUGAGGUAAUACUUAGUGAGGUGGAAGAUGAGAAACCCAAGGAAGUAGACCUGCUUCCAGCAUCAGAGAGGAAAAAACGAAUUGCACAGUUGCAGACAAAACUAUUCCAAGCAGCUGCAGAAGGAGCAGUAAGGAUCAAAAGGAGAAGAGGUCCACACAGAGGCGAGGAUUUCACCUUGAUGCAGGCAUUGAUCAAGGCAGAUUUUUGGCUUAUUUUUGUCUCACUUUUAUUAGGAUCAGGAUCUGGGUUGACCGUCAUUGAUAACCUUGGUCAAAUGAGCCAGUCUCUAGGUUAUGAUAAUACACAUAUAUUUGUGUCCAUGAUCAGCAUUUGGAACUUUCUUGGUCGUGUUGGUGGGGGUUAUUUCUCUGAGAUUAUUGUGAGGGACUAUGCUUACCCAAGGCCAAUUGCAAUGGCUGUUGCCCAAUUUGUUAUGGCAAUUGGGCAUGUAUUCUUUGCUUUUGACUGGCCUGGCACAAUGUACAUCGGGACUUUACUAAUUGGCCUUGGCUAUGGGGCUCAUUGGGCAAUUGUGCCUGCUGCUGCAUCUGAGUUGUUUGGAUUGAAAAAGUUCGGGGCUCUGUACAAUUUCCUCACUCUAGCCAAUCCUGCAGGUUCACUCGUCUUCUCUGGUCUAAUUGCCAGUAGAAUAUACGACCGAGAAGCGGAAAGGCAAGCUCAUGAGCACCAUAUGCGGACUGCAGGAUCACUCUUUUCAGGCUUAUUUGGUCCGGAUGAGCCACUGAAGUGUGAAGGUGCUGUAUGCUAUUUCCUUACUUCCAUGAUUAUGUCAGGAUUUUGCAUUAUUGCAGUCAUAUUAAGCCUGAUUCUUGUGCAUCGGACAAAGAUUGUCUAUGCAAACCUCUACGGCAAAUCUCGAACUUGACUCUUGGAAGAGAACUCGAUCAAGCUUUGUACCUAGACUACUACAUCCAUUUUAUGGUGGUGUUUGUAUACUCCAAGCAAGCUUUUUGUGACUUCCUCAUGUUUAUGAGAACACACGUUGUAUUGCUAGAAAGACAGCAGAAAAGGCCUACUCCAGAGCAGUUCUCCUAUGAAGUCCCCAAUCUUUUUCCAUUUUUUUGUUAUAAUUAUAUUGUUUUUUUACCUGGAUGCAACCAUUUACCUUUGGGUGAUCAUUAUGCUUUGGCAUGUUCGAAGUGUUGUAGAUUUUUCUCUUGUUCAAUCAAUUAAUGAUUCUCUUCAUGAUUUUCUUCA